AUGCCAGCAAUACCUUUUCCUGGGGAGUUUUUGGAAUCUACACUAGUCCACCGUAGUACGCUCCCGCCAGCUUCAAACUCAACAGGCCCGAUUUUGGAAGUCGUUUGUGCUUGGCCAGUUUCUGGGCAAUAUGGGCCAGGGACACGAUACCUAUAUUAUAUUCUGGCCGCAGCUUGCGUCUUUGCACGCAAGGAGGAGUGGAUUCGUAAUGCGUGUCUCGCUGCAGUAUUACUUUUCCCCGCAGUCGCAGCGCUCCAUGGCAUUGUUCUUGCAGCGAUCCAUAUUGACGGGGCCGUUGACAUGGACGUGUACGGUGCUUUCCAGCUAUGCGCGAUUGGCAUCUUAACUGCACCAGCUACCGUGCGACUCUCGAAAACUUACUUCAACAACCCAGGUCGAAACAUCAUAUUCUUGUGGACGGUACUUCUUCUUGCCGGACUUCUCAGUCUAACUGUGGAGUUCCUUCGUAUCAAACCCAUUAUCUGCCCAAGUGACGAUGCGGCAACGACAAUCUGGGCUGAGACGAAAAUGUUCUAUUAUAACAGCACCUGUGGCCUACAAUGCACAGAAGAUAGAGGUCCACAAUCCCCCCUUAGACAAGGAUCAGCAAAUAACAUUUACGUGAUUCCGUCGCCCCAUCAGCUGGAUUUUGAUACGGCAACUCUCCUUGCGGCUGCCUGCUGCAUACCAGCUAUCCUGUCGUUGGUAUCUACGUGGAUCAAAAUUCUUGAUAAGAAUUGGGAGAAACUCUCUAGAGGAAAACGAAGAGAAAAGGACAAUGAGCCGAUUGAAGGCACGAAUGGCGCUACGCCUAUCCAGAUGACUGGGAUUGCGGAGAAGAUUCGAGGCUGGUUGACCUUGAUUGAAAUACCCAUUUUUGUUGCGGGUGUUAUAGCAAUUAUUGUGAAAGGGGAGAUGAACUUCUGGAGUGAACCGGUUGACUAUCAAACGGAGCCUAUUGCAAGUAUAGGGCAAUGGGCACCUAUUGUCGGUACCGGACUCGCCGUCGUCGGAUCACUCUAUCUUAUAUUCGCCGCUGAUAUGGAAGCUGAAGAGAAUAAAAAAGAUAAGCCUACAGACCAACAGAUAAACCGAUGUACCGAAUGUGGCGGCAAUGGUAUCUGCCCAAGCACCGACUCUCUAGAGAAUUCCAGACGAACCUCCACAUCUAGCUCAGAUCGACCACCAUCCGAGAUGGAGCGAUCUGCUACAUUUUCGACCAUCCACCAAGCCAUGAAAAGUCAAUCUGGACCCGACCCAGGAGGAAGACGCAAGGUCGCGCAAUUCUUCAACGCGACAAGUGCUUACUUCGCGACAAAGGCUCACAAGGAUUUCAAAGACACAGGUUUCGAAGUGGAACAAAGAACCAAUUUCCCCGAGAUCCCAGGCGAAGUCUUCCGCAACAAGGACUUACAUGAGAUCAGGACUGUUUACAAUACUUCACCUCUUCCGCGCUCACGAGCAACAAGCUUUGUCGGAAGCGAUUAUUCGAAUGGAGAAGGUAGCUCGAAUGUACCUAAACGGCAGCUCUCACUUCCUGCUCGACCACCGCUAGCUGCUACAGGUGGUCGACAGCAUUCAAAUACGUUACCCGCGGGAGGGGCGGGGCCUACCUUCCUCGAGAUUAGAUCCUUGUACAGCAAUAUACCACCGAGACAGUGGAGUCCCACGGAUGAAACUGCGAUUGAUGAGCAGCAUGAAGCUAGUCGUGCGCCUUCUAUAUCUGAAUUUCAUGCUGCGGCUCUCUCUAGCGGGCCCACCACGCCUAAAAUAGUGGUUUCCUCUGAUUAG